GUUGUUGUAUGAGAGAUAGGAUUGCCCGCGUAAAAUGUGUUUUAAUAUUAAAUUUUAGGCUUAUAACAUAAGACUGGACUGAGAAAGAAGCUAAUAUAUCUACAAGGUAUCGUUUGCCAUAGCUACGAUAAAAUAAAUAGCAGUGAUUAGUUUGGCAACAUCUCGGAUUUGGGGACCCGCCAUUUUCAAACAAUUCAGGAAGUGAUAAUUCCACCUGCAACUUUUUCUGUAAAUCACUACUUUUACACGAUCUUCUACGUUUUCUUCAGAAACCAACAAAACACGGUGAAAAGAAUGUCAUUGGGCUUCAGACAGUUGUUCCCACGAGGUAGAAGUGUUGUCAUUGGGAUGAUACACCUCAGAGCUCUACCAGGUACCCCAAGGAACAGGAAGUCAAUUGGAGAAAUCAGUGAAAUAGCUUGUAAAGAAGCCAAUAUGUAUGCUGAGUCAGGAAUAGAUGGACUCAUCAUUGAGAACAUGCAUGAUAUUCCCUACUUACACAAAUACCAUAUUGGACCUGAAGUGACUGCAAGUAUGGCUAGAGUGUGCAGGGAUGUUCGCAGCAUGUAUCCCACAAUGCCUCUGGGUGUGCAGAUACUCGCUGGUGCAAAUAAAGAAGCAUUGGCGGUAGCUAAGGCAACAGAACUUAAUUUUAUUCGUGCUGAGGGGUUUGUGUUUAGUCAUAUAGCAGAUGAGGGGUUGAUGCAUGCAUGUGCUGGGGAGUUGCUUAGAUACAGGAGGACCAUUGAAGCAGAACACAUCAGCAUUCUAACUGAUAUCAAGAAGAAACACAGUGCUCAUAGUAUAACAUCAGAUGUGAGUAUUGAAGAAACGGCUCAUGGGGCAGAGUUCUUCCUUAGUGAUGGGCUAAUUCUGACAGGUUCAGCUACAGGGCAACAGGCAGAUGUGGAACAACUCAAAGGAGUCAAAUCGAAAGUUAACCUUCCAGUGUUAAUAGGGUCAGGUAUAACAAAACACAAUGUUAAUGACUAUAGUGCUGCAGAUGGUUUCAUAGUAGGCUCUUAUUUCAAGAAAAAUGGUCAUUGGAAUGAAGAGUUGGAUACUGAUAGAAUCAAACGGUUCAUGGAUGAAGUAUGUAUCUAGUCAACCAUAGCCAACAGAAAUUGAACUGUAUGAAGAAUUUUGAUGCAGGGUUUCAAGAGAAAUAAAAGACAAUAUGACAUUGGAUGCCACAUUGGAUAUGGGUGCAAUAUUACAUUGGAUGCAAAGCAAUAUGCAUGUAAUGUUAAAACUUAAAAAAUUUCAGAAUAAAAAAGGAAAGCUUAAUAUGAAAUUUAGAAUUUUAUGUCUAAAGGUCCAUGUGCAGUAUGG